GAAAUGUGGGACAUGUGGAUUUGGGAUAUGAAUUCAUUUGAAAAACCACUGUGGGGGUAUGAACGUGAUUUCUGAUGAAACUGGAUUGGAAUAAUUUUCAUGAUCUUUGUAUAUUUAUAUAUAUAUAUAUUUUAAAAUUUUGCAUUUGACUUAAAGUGCCAUGAGAAAAUUUGCAUAUUGCAAGGUGGUCCUAGCCACCUCCUUGAUUUGGGUACUCUUGGAUAUGUUCCUGCUGCUUUACUUCAGUGAGUGCAACAAAUGUGACGAGAAAAAGGAGAGAGGACUUCCUGCUGGAGAUGUUCUAGAGCCAGUACAAAAGCCUCAUGAAGGUCCCGGAGAAAUGGGGAAACCAGUUGUCAUUCCCAAGGAAGAUCAAGAAAAGAUGAAAGAGAUGUUUAAAAUCAAUCAGUUCAACUUAAUGGCAAGUGAGAUGAUAGCACUCAACAGAUCUUUACCUGAUGUUAGGUUAGAAGGGUGUAAAACAAAGGUGUAUCCAGAUAACCUUCCUACUACCAGUGUGGUGAUUGUAUUCCACAAUGAGGCGUGGAGCACCCUUCUGCGAACUGUCCAUAGUGUCAUUAAUCGCUCACCAAGACACAUGAUAGAAGAAAUUGUUCUAGUAGAUGAUGCCAGUGAAAGAGACUUUUUGAAAAGGCCAUUAGAGAGUUAUGUGAAAAAACUAAAAGUACCAGUUCACGUCAUCCGAAUGGAGCAACGCUCUGGGUUGAUCAGAGCUAGGUUAAAAGGAGCUGCCGUGUCUAAAGGCCAAGUGAUCACCUUCUUGGACGCUCACUGUGAGUGCACAGUGGGGUGGCUGGAGCCUCUGCUCGCCAGGAUCAAGCAUGACAGGAAAACAGUAGUAUGCCCCAUCAUUGACGUGAUCAGUGACGAUACUUUUGAGUACAUGGCAGGCUCAGAUAUGACUUACGGUGGAUUCAACUGGAAGCUGAAUUUUCGCUGGUAUCCUGUUCCCCAACGAGAGAUGGACAGAAGGAAAGGGGAUCGGACUCUUCCUGUCAGGACACCUACAAUGGCAGGAGGCCUUUUUUCAAUAGACAGAGAUUACUUUCAGGAAAUUGGAACAUAUGAUGCUGGAAUGGAUAUUUGGGGAGGAGAAAACCUAGAAAUUUCCUUUAGGAUUUGGCAGUGUGGAGGAACUUUGGAAAUUGUUACGUGCUCACAUGUUGGACAUGUGUUUCGGAAAGCGACACCAUACACGUUUCCAGGAGGCACAGGGCAGAUUAUCAAUAAAAACAACAGACGGCUUGCAGAAGUAUGGAUGGAUGAAUUCAAGAAUUUCUUCUAUAUAAUUUCCCCAGGUGUUACAAAGGUAGAUUAUGGCGAUAUAUCAUCAAGACUCGGUCUUAGACACAAACUACAAUGCAAACCUUUCUCUUGGUAUCUAGAGAAUAUUUAUCCUGAUUCCCAAAUUCCACGUCACUAUUUCUCAUUGGGAGAGAUACGAAACGUGGAAACAAAUCAGUGUCUAGAUAACAUGGCUAGAAAAGAGAACGAGAAAGUCGGCAUUUUUAAUUGCCAUGGUAUGGGAGGUAAUCAGGUUUUCUCGUACACUGCCAACAAAGAAAUUAGGACAGACGACCUUUGCUUGGAUGUUUCCAAACUUAAUGGCCCAGUCACCAUGCUCAAAUGCCACCACCUAAAAGGCAACCAGCUUUGGGAGUACGACCCAGUGAAAUUAACCCUACAGCAUGUGAACAGUAAUCAGUGCCUGGAUAAAGCCACAGAAGAGGACAGCCAGGUGCCCAGCAUUAGAGACUGCAACGGAAGCCGGUCCCAGCAGUGGCUUCUUCGAAAUGUCACCCUUCCAGAAAUAUUCUGAGACCAAAUUUAUGAAAUGGAAAAAAAAAAAGAAAAAGAAAGAAAAAAAUACAGAUUGACUGGGCUACCUCACCAUACAUUUCUGCCACACUCUUAAGUAGCAAAAAAGGAAAAG